GAGGCCGGCGGACGCACCGGCCCGAGGGAGCGCGCCGCCGGCCGACUUGGCCUGGCUCCCGGAGCCGGGCGGCGAUCGCGGCGGCGCGGCCGGGCUGGAGGCGCGGGGCCCGAUCGAGCGGCGGCGGCGGCGGCCAUCGGAGCUGCGCGAUCGGGGCGGCGGCGGCAGCGGCGGCGGCGGCGGCCGGGAGCGGGCUCCGGGCGCCGGGCGGGCGCCGGGGCGCGGCGCGGCGGGAAGAUGACCGCGGGCUCCGGCGUGCUCCUCGUGCUGCUCUCGCUCUCCGGCGCGCUCCGGGCCCAUAAUGGGGAUCUUACAGCCCGGGAGACCUGCAAGGCUGGAUUCUCCGAAGAAGACUACACAGCACUAAUCUCGGAGAAUAUUCUGGAAGGAGAGAAGCUUCUCAAAGCCCGACUGCAAGAUCUACCCCAUGAAGCCUGUUCUGGGGAGAAGCAUCCCAAUGAGGAGGUGGUGAGGGGAGCCACUGGCAGGUGGUUGGAAUAUCAUCCUCAACCUGGUGGGAAGAGACGGCUCUUUGUCUCGUUCAGCAGCUGUCUGGGGACCAAGGGGACCCAGUAUGAGACCAACAGCGUGGACUUCAAAGUGAGGGCGGACGGGACCGUCUUUGCCACCCGGGAGCUGCGGAUCCCCUCCGAGCAGGUGGCCUUCACCGUGACCGCGUGGGACGGCCAGACGGCCAAGCGAUGGGACGCCGUGGUGCGGCUGCUGGUGGCCCAGCCCUCGUCUGCGCGCCCGGCACACAAGAAAGGGAAGCCGAGUGCAGGUCUGGACGCCUCUCAGCCUCCGAAUGACACGCUGUUGCCGUGGCCCCAGCACCAGAAUGCCAACGGGCUGAGGAGACAGAAACGAGACUGGGUCAUCCCACCCAUCAACGUGCCGGAAAAUUCCCGCGGGCCCUUCCCACAGCAGCUGGUGCGGAUCCGGUCCGACAAAGACAACGACAUCCCCAUCCGGUACAGCAUCACGGGGGUGGGUGCCGACCAGCCCCCCAUGGAGGUCUUCAGCAUCGACUCCAUGUCUGGGCGCAUGUAUGUCACUAGGCCCAUGGACCGGGAGGACCGAGCCUCCUACCACCUCAGAGCCCACGCCGUGGACAUGAACGGCAACAAGGUGGAGAACCCCAUCGACCUGUACAUCUACGUCAUCGACAUGAAUGACAACCGUCCCGAGUUCGUCAACCAGGUCUACAACGGCUCUGUGGACGAAGGCUCCAAGCCAGGCACCUACGUGAUGACGGUCACGGCCAAUGACGCUGACGACAGCACCACGGCCAACGGGAUGGUGCGGUACCGGAUCGUGACCCAGACCCCACAAAGCCCAUCCCAGAACAUGUUCACCAUCAACAGCGAGACGGGGGACAUUGUGACGGUGGCAGCUGGCCUGGACCGAGAGAAAGUGCAGCAGUACACAGUCAUUGUCCAGGCCACAGACAUGGAAGGGAACCUCAACUACGGCCUGUCGAACACGGCCACGGCCAUCAUCUCGGUGACGGACGUGAACGACAACCCGCCGGAGUUCACCACGAGCACGUACGCAGGGGAGGUACCCGAAAACCAGGUGGAGGUGGUGGUUGCAAACCUGACCGUGAUGGACCGAGACCAGCCCCACUCGCCAAACUGGAACGCCUUCUACCGCAUCAUCAGCGGGGACCCCUCGGGGCACUUCAGCAUCCGCACAGACCCCGUCACCAAUGAGGGCAUGGUCACCGUGGUCAAGGCAGUCGACUACGAGCUGAACAGAGCCUUCAUGCUGACCGUGAUGGUGUCCAACCAGGCGCCCCUGGCCAGUGGGAUCCAGAUGUCCUUCCAGUCUACGGCAGGGGUGACCAUCUCCGUCGUGGACAUCAACGAGGCACCCUACUUCCCCUCGAACCACAAGCUGAUCCGCCUGGAGGAGGGCGUGCCCACCGGCACCGUACUGACCACGUUUUCGGCAGUGGACCCCGACCGGUUCAUGCAGCAGGCCGUGAGAUACUCCAAACUGUCGGACCCAGCAAACUGGCUGCACAUUAAUGCCACCAACGGUCAGAUCACCACGGCAGCCGUCCUUGACCGCGAAUCCCUCUACAUCAAAAACAACGUCUACGAGGCCACCUUCCUGGCAGCUGACAACGGGAUCCCCCCUGCUAGCGGCACCGGGACCCUCCAGAUCUAUCUAAUCGACAUCAAUGACAACGCCCCCGAGCUGCUGCCCAAGGAGGCACAGAUCUGUGAGAAGCCCAGCCUGAACGCCAUCAACAUCACCGCGGCCGAUGCCGACGUUGACCCCAACAUUGGCCCCUAUGUCUUCGAGCUGCCCUUUGCCCCGGCUGCCGUGCGGAAGAACUGGACCAUCACCCGCCUGAACGGUGACUAUGCUCAGCUGAGCCUGCGUAUCCUCUACCUGGAGGCUGGAAUGUACGAUGUCCCCAUCAUCGUCACAGACUCGGGGAACCCUCCGCUGUCCAACACGUCCGUUAUCAAGGUCAAGGUGUGCCCGUGCGACGAGAACGGCGACUGCACCACGGUUGGCGCCGUGGCGGCGGCUGGUCUGGGCACCAGCGCCAUCGUGGCCAUCCUCAUCUGCGUCGUCAUCCUGCUCACCAUGGUCCUGCUGUUCGUGGUGUGGAUGAAAAGGAGGGAGAAGGAGCGCCACACCAAGCAGCUGCUCAUCGACCCCGAGGACGACGUGCGUGACAACAUCCUCAAGUACGACGAGGAAGGGGGCGGCGAGGAGGACCAGGACUACGACCUCAGCCAGCUGCAGCAGCCGGAGUCCAUGGAGCACGUGCUGAGCAAGGCCCCGGGGGUGCGGCGGGUGGACGAGCGGCCCGUGGGCGCCGAGCCUCAGUACCCGGUCAGGCCCGUGGUGCCGCACCCGGGAGACAUCGGGGACUUCAUCACCGAGGGCCUCCGAGCCGCCGACAAUGACCCCACAGCUCCCCCCUACGACUCCCUGCUGGUCUUCGACUACGAAGGCAGCGGCUCCACCGCGGGCUCCGUCAGCUCCCUCAACUCCUCCAGCUCCGAGGACCAAGACUACGAUUACCUGAACGACUGGGGGCCCAGGUUCAAGAAGCUGGCGGACAUGUACGGAGGCGGCGAAGAGGACUGAGCCGCAGAGGGGGCCUGUGGGAGGCGCCGGGCUGCCCGGCUCCCUGCGGACGUGUCCUUUAGUGGUGUGUUAGGGGGUCCCUCCCCGCCCCAGCCCCCCCAACAGGCGCGCGUCGCCCACCGCAGUAGCUGGCUGGCGCUGGAGGAGAGCGCGAGGCACUCUGUCUUAACUUGAAUUUCCUAGAACAGAAGCACUGUUUUUAAAAACAAAAAAAAAAAAAGUGCCUUUUGGUACAUGUAUCAGAUUCCCUCAAACUCAGGAGUGACUAAAAGCAAGCAGACAGACCACGUAUGGCCCCCCAACCCCAGUCCUGAGCAAACCCCCCAGCCCCAGCCAGUCCCAGCUCUGAAGGCACCAAUUAAGGAAUCGGGGAGAAAGUGUCCUUUUUUUUUUUUUUUUUUUUUUUUAAGUGGGUGAUUUGCUUCACAAAAUUUACAAAGAAAACCCAGUUUGGGGUCCAAAUCCCAGCGGCCCUUCCGAGCCCUCCAGCGUUGCUCUACACGGUGGGGGUCUCCUGGGCCCUCAGGUGUCCUUGAGGCUGGAGGGCUGCAGGAGACCCAGCCGCAGAAAGUUCCCCGGGGGCGGGCCAGGCCUGUCCACCAGACGCACCGCUGUGUGCACUUGGCUUUCAACGCGUCUUUGGCUGCCCUCCGACUCUAGACGCUGUAAAUAGCUGGGGCGGGUGGGGUCCCCAGGGGCUUCUCUGAUGCUCACCAUCUCUUCCCUCGGCUGUCCCCGGGUCCCUCCCCAGAGACAACUGUCACCCCAAACUCCACCCAAGUCCCCGUUGCCUUUGGUCCGGAAGAAUACAGCGUCCCAAGAAGCCACAGCCCGAACCAGCCAGCAUCCCCGAAAACCCUGCCAUGAGCCCUCCGCCCCUCGCGACUGGAUUCCCGAAGGACCCCGUCAGAGGCCCAGCCCCCGAGAACCGGACACAUCCGUGAGGGCCGUGCGGACGGCAGGCAGGGCCGGGAACCCGCACAAGCCACAGCCCUCCUGCAUUGGAGUCUCCGAUGCUCCUGAGCUCACGUGCACAGCAAAGACCUGCUCCAAGUGGCCAGGCUGCCCUGACAUUGCUGUGCCAUGGGUCCCGCAGAUGUGUCUGGACGGCACCCACCUGAAACAGCAGCCCAUCUCCUUUCCUUUGGACCCAGCUCAGCCCCGAGCAGCUGCUCAGACUCCCGAGAGUUGCAACAGCCCUUUGCACAGGCAGGUCCGACGUAUACACCAGACUCGAGAGUCAGUUCCGCAGGACGUGAAAGGCGCCGUGUCCCCGGGGCCCACUGGGGAGACCCCACCGCGUUUGUUCUCUGGGUGAGAAGAGGCUCCUUGGUCCCCGGUGGGAGAAGACAGCCUCGCGGGAGAACCCUGGUCUAUUCACUGGCUCCCCAAGAAAGGGGCCGAAGGGUGCACUGGCUGUGGGCGGGACUUGGCACUGGGGUGCCCUCGGGGAAGCUGGCUUGCCUCGGUUUCCCACCCUGGAGCCUUGAGGAAAAGCUUCAAGGGCUUGGGGAGGUGGGGAGGGCUAGGGCUCAGCUUGCUGUCCGUGCUGUCCGUCUGGUUGUCUUUGAUGCAGUCUCAGCCUAUGGCCUGUCCCCCUGCCUGUGGUCACCCUCUUUUCCAAACAGCUUUGGCCUCAGAGGUGUACAUGGGGGCGUGUGUGUGUGUGUGUGUGUGUGUGCAAUGGGUCUGGGUUUGUCCCCACCGGACGGCAGGCUUCCUCCGUGUGCCAAACUCCUUGCCAACUCCGCCGUUCUCCCAGAGCUGAGCUGGGGCAGUGAGCACUGGUGUGUGGCCGGCUGGUGGUGAGGCUGAAGUGGGUUCUGCCCCUGACCCCCUCCCCCUGCCUGGGGAGGAAGGGAGGGACAAAGACAGUCACUGUGUCACACGCUGGAAGCCCCGUCUAUGCAGAUGGCAAUCUCGGCCGGGGGGGGGGGGCUGUAAAGGGGGACUAGGACCCCUGUCCAAAGCCGAGCUAUGCAGAUGCCUCGGGGCCAGGCAAGGACUGUCCCUGUGUCUGGGGACGUGGCCAUUCGAGGGAUUGCUGGUGGGGUCAGGACUGAUGGAGGCAAGUUGGAAUCUUGUGUGUUUUGUUGUUUUUGGAAAGUUCAUCCACCUGUUGAACUUCUAAGUGUGAACACGGUCCGGGCACUGAGGCAGCUGUGGAUUCUCCUCUGAAAUCCCGACUCUCUCGGGUUUCCGGGGCCCUGGGCUUCCUCAGGGACGGACGUGCCAGGCCUGGCCCAGGACCCGGCCUCCUGCACACCGGUCCCGUGGACCCCAGCACAGGUGCCUGUCUCCCCUGCCUCCUCGCCCCACACCCCUGCCCCUCACUGCCACCCGGCCCCUGAUGCAGUUUGCCUAAAUCCUGCAGGCUGAGGCUGUGGCUGCCAGCUGGGCGGAUGUUGAUGGGGGACUUCUCACACCCAUCCCUGCUUCCAAAUGUCUAGACAGCUGCCCCUCUCGCUCGCCCCUGCAGUCCUCGGGGGCCAGAGAAAGAUGGGGUUCCCCUGCCCUCCCAUAUCUGCCUCGGAACAGGUUCCGAGGUCAAGCUAGCAUUAGCUAAGUGUGCAAGCAGCGUCAGACGCCUCUCUCACGGACCCCACGUGCCCGUGAUCGGGGCCACGGAGGCCCAGACUCGGCACUGGCAAAGUGCCAGGGCACAGUUUCGUUUCUGUAGGGAAUUUCGUUCUGGGAACAGGACACACCUGCACCGUAGGGUGGAGGCGAGAACGCGGCCGUGGUCAGCGGGCACCCCGGCCGAGGACCCCCGCAUCUGUCUGGGCCUCCCAGACAGACAGCCAAACGUCAGGGCCUCGCGAUGCCUCAGUUUCCCUAGUGUGAGCACCGGCUGAUGCACGGGGCGCCUCUGUCCUCUCCAAGGUACAAAGUUAGGGGAGGGGAGUCUCACUCUUUGUCAGUGCUAGAAAAGGCACCAAAAAACCCGCAAGGUCUCGCGUAGACAGCGCCACACCCAGCGCGUCCUGCGGAAGCGCUCGCACGGCCCGGCGUGCACGUAAGACAGGUUCUGCCCAGUGGGGAGCCUCCUCUGUGUAUAAUUGGAACGCGUUUUGCUUUUCCUUUUCUCUCCUUUUUCCAUUCUGAUUUUUGUUAUUUGCAUGUUUCUUUUUGAAAAUGGACAAAAUGUGUAGCAGCCCGCAUGACUGUGGUUGUUUUGGGGAAAGAUACCGGAGUAUGACGUGUCCCCACUGCAACUCUGAGCACCGUGGAGUUAGGCAGACGCCCCAACUUUUUUUGUAACCGUCAACAGCACAACUAUUUUGUAUUGUUGUUUGUAUCAUUUUGUACCAAAAAAGCAAAAACAAAAACAAAAACAAAAAAAGCCAAGGGAAAAAAAAAGGGAAGAGCGUCGAUGUUUUCUCAAUGUGUUUUUAGUGCCCGGCAGUCUUGGUUCCAAACUGAGUAGCGGCUUUGCGGAGCCGCCCUGUGCUGGAGCGGAGUCGGGGCCCUGGCGCACUGCUCCAGACGAGUAAAUAAAGUCCCCGUUUUAA